AUGGAGAACCAACCGCCAAAAUAUGUGUCGCCGCCGGGGACGUGGAAGACGAAACUGGGCCUGCGAGCGGGAUCCGUCCUGUGUGUCAUAAUUCUCGCUGGUAUCGGCGGGUCACUGGCAGCGAAUGAACGAAUCGACGGCGGAAGCUUGUUGAUGGUGGUUUUGGCUCCUGCCCUUAUUGUCACUUUUAUUUGGGACGUCGCCGAAGCCGUAUGCAUACUGAAACGAGGUGGAAACAGGGGCAUCCACCCCGGUGCCGUUGUCGCUAUCGACCUCCUCGCCUGGCUUGGCUGGGCCAUCGUCGACCUUAUGCUAGCUUCGUUUGGGCUGAUAUCGAGGCCCCGAUACAUGAUCCAAGACUACAGCGGUUACGAUGGCGACCGAUACCGGUACGACCCGGACAUGGUCACGCCGGAGGACCAGGCGCUCGAGAAGGACAUUAUGAACAAAGGACGGGCUUUGCUUGUGUUUGGCGUAUUGACGACGUGA